ACACAUCUCAGCAUUUGUGUGCAUUUAACAAUUAGGAAAGUAAGAAAAACAUUUUUAAUUAGCAUGUCUAAGUGCACCAAUCCCUUAAACUAAAAUUAAGUCUUUCAAGUGCAAGAGAAACUACCGACGUAAAUCUUUUCGAAAGGGAGACAGAUGGAGAGGCCGUCGGUCUCGCUGAAUGCGCCCAACUUGAGUGUCGGUGAAAGGGUGCUGAUAGAGGGGCCCGCUCCCCUCCUACUUUGAAAAAAAUAUAUUGGGUCUGUUGUCAUGGAAAUCGAAGGACACUUAGAUGGAUUCGACAAAGAUGGGGGUUCAAAGGAACAAAAGCCAAAGUGUAAUUUUCCUAAAGGCGUCAGAAACAAUUAAAGGGAAUAUUCAUCGUGAGUCCCUCAUUUGAAGACCGCGCUUUUCUUGGCACACCAGCAACCGAAUAUCCACAAAGUGCAUUUUUUCAAAAUGGUUACUUUCCGUGAAGAACAUAAUUUUACACCGAAACAGACACACACACAUGCAACACAUUUGAGGAGUUGAGGGCUUGGGAUACGCAGUCCUGAGUGCGCACCAGAGUGGAACAACAGCCUUUGCGUUUGGGAGUAGGCUACCUACCGAGAUGGCCAACAAGGGGACUCAACUUCAGAGCCUGUCAAAAGUGUUUGUUCUGCUCAGCAUAAUGACAGUCAAGACCAAUCCACUUGAGACGGUCAACGUGGUGGACUUCUGUGGCCAGAACAUCCAGGGCGAUGGGAUGAUCGUCAACUCACACCAGGAGUCCAAGAAGUACUACUUUGUCACCAUGGGAACGGACUGCCACCUCACCAUGCAGGCCGCCUCCCCCAAGGACAAGGUCCAGUUCCACUUCCGCUUCUUCCUGGUCUACAGCCUGCUUCGUUUAGCUCCCCAAAGUCCAUCCCCCCUCUUCCCUGAGUCCCCUGAGUCGACUCCAAUGGUGGAGCAAGGGGACCCAUGUCAUGCGGGAUCAUACAUUCAGUUCUAUGACGGGCGGGACAAGAACUCGCCUCCUAUUGGACCAACGCUGUGUGGGAAGAGCCCACCUCGCCCGGUGCUGUCCACAGGGAAUCACCUGACCCUGCGUCUGGUGACCCAAGGUACCCUGCCUCGAGUGGAUUUCGUGGGGGACUUCACCUCCUUCAGACUGGGUUUUAACCAAUCAGCGUGCAGGAGUGAGCCUUACUUCCCAUGUCGGAAUGGGAAGUGUAUCCCCAUGAGUCUGGUGUGUGAUGAAAAAGGCAUUGAUAACUGUGGGGACGGGAGUGACUUGGAGGAUCACCUGCCCUCAGGGUGCAAAGGUCACUCAGCAGGUCAGCUGGCCCCAGCCCAAGCCCCUCCCCCAGCAGUGACCCCACCCCCCCCUGUCUUAAACGUGCCCACUUUGCCCAUGUCCACCAAUAGGGACUGUGGCACUCCGGACGGCGUACCCCAUCACGACUCAGUGACAGAUUCCCCUCCCUACAUGUCCCUUUUGGCUCUCUACAUCGCAUUGGGUGUGAUAGCUGGUGUGGUCCUGCUGUGCUGGUGCUGCUGGUCUCCAGGCUGGUUCCUCUGGAGGAUCAGCAUCUGCCGCUUCUUACCAUGCUGUAACUCAGCCUGUGCCUCCUGCCAGCUCUGUGCCCGUAGCUGUGCCCAGAACAAGGAGCACCGACCAGCUAAGGUCUCACCACAAGGACAGGUUGCCUUGUCCACCCUCACCACAUCCACGGCUAACACUCUCGCUGUGUAGGGGGGAAAUGCAGUCGCUAUGUAGUGCAGGACUGUUGUUGCUAUGAAGCAUAACUACUAUGAUGGCUAAUAGUGAGACAAAUGGACUCACGGACAUGAUGACCCAGACUUCCUGUUUUAGACUGAUGGAUUGAGAUGAUACUUGUCUUUUUACUGGGUUACAAGGACUGUUAAUGUCAUGGAAGAAGGAGUGCUGCAAAGCUGAGACCGUUCUUAAAACGGGGAAAGGCUUUACAUUAUAUUGUUUUAGUCACUGUAGGUUCUUGUUUUCUGGUGCUUUACAUAAUGAAUGACUGAUGCUUCCUUCUUCGGACUGUUUUGUAUUUAAAAGUAUAAUAGAUUGGAUUCAACAGAGGGUUCUUCUCUGAGUGUAUAAGUAACCCCGGUUCACCUAUUCAAUUCUAUCUACAGUUGAAGUCGGAUGUUUACAUACUUAGGUUGGAGUCAUUUAAACUUGUUUUUCAACCACUCCACAAAUUUCUUGUUAACAAACUACAGUUUUGGCAAGUCGGUUAGGACAUCUAC